CUUUAAAAAGAUGAAAAAUUAUAGCUUAAUAAUAGAUUAGUACUUCGCGCGAAAGUAGAGGUACUUCUUCUAGUACUUCAUCUAUGCUGAUGAAUUUGAGGGCAUCAAACGUGAAUACAAGUACAACUGGUGGAAGUGGAUUGCAAGAAGUGGAAGUAGAUUACGGAUCUGGGAUUGUCCUGGGAGCUGACUUUAGAGAACGCAUACAAUUGCCUACUGAGCAGGAUUAUAGGACGAAGGAACGACCACAGCAGUGGGACGAGCAGGAAGUGUCCUCUUUAGACGUGGGCUACGGGGAAAUGCUUGUGGUCGAUCCGGCUGACCGUGCUAUGUGGGAUUUCUUUGGUGAGGACAUUCCACAUUGUGGGCUGACUGGGGUUAGGACUUCCCAGCUUGGCGCGGGAGCAACGGGCGGCGCAUGUUAGCGGCAGCACUAUUCACCGUUUAGCUUUAGCCGCAGCGGUUCGCGGAUCUGUCAGAAAAGCGAAGCAAGCGAGUGUGAAGAUGAAGGACCAGCACCCCGGUGGAAAAGGAAAUAAAAGCCGUGUGAAAAAUAACCUAAUUCGCAGAGCGAGCAGUUUGCUAGGCCCCGGGCGAAGAGCAGAGCGAAGACAGCUCUUGCGUGGCCAGGUAGAACAGUAUCAAGGAGAGAAGGUCUGGGCCGUCGAUAAAGAGCUGCGUGCCAUGCGAUUCGAGUAUGGCACUGUUUCAUUCGAAGAAGCGCCAACGGCGUCAGCAGAUCAGAAACCUGCUCGCAUAAGCGAAGACAAACUCGAGGGCUCAUUGUCAUUGUGGCUCGGUUCUUUUCAACGUGUCUUUUCAACAACUGCGCGCGCCGGUGACAGUCACCCUAGUAUGGCUGUCAAUUUGUUGAGAGUACAACAAUUGUGGAAAGAGAGCGCUGUUCUGGGAGCAGAGCCGUAUGUACUGCAACUAUUUAUUGGAAAGUGGGAGAGUAAGAACAAGGUAUUUUGUUCGGCUAGACUCUGA